GAAGAGUCUGAAGACAGAAAUGGCGGCAUCCUCAAAGACGAUAAUGGACCUAUUCAAACAACCCGCUGCCAAGCGUCUCAAGCGAGUCUCUUCUCCUGCUCCUCCGACUUCGACUUCGACUCCGACUCCGACGACGACCAAGCUCGCCACUUUCUGCUCUUCAUCGUCCUCACCGAUCGACGGCGGUAAGCAUGAUCAAAACGACGUAGCUUCGUCAAAUCCCCACCCGAUUUUACUCGAACCAAGUUCUACUCCUCCUUCCAUUCUUACCGCCGAAGAGAAGUCCAGGAUCGAAUUCAACAAAGCCCUCGCCAGAGCCAGACGAAACCUUAAGCUCUGCUCCGACAAAAUUGCCAAAUGUGAGGAUGUAGGAUGUGUGAAGUUGGAGGAGCUGUUGGUUGAAGAAACCUGGCUGGGAAAGUUACCAGGGGAAUUUCAAAAGCCAUAUGCGAAAAAUCUGUUUAAAUUUGUGGAGAGUGAAAUUCAGAGUGGUUUUCCAAUUUAUCCUCCUCAACAUCUGAUCUUUAAUGCUCUCAAUACUACUCCUUUCGAUCGAGUGAAAGUCGUUAUCAUUGGGCAGGAUCCAUAUCACGGGCCUGGUCAGGCGAUGGGGCUCUCCUUCUCUGUGCCUGAAGGUGUUAAAGUCCCUUCGAGUCUGAUAAAUAUAUAUAAGGAGCUUCAGAAUGAUUUGGGCUGUUCAAUUCCUUCACAUGGGAACUUGGAGAGAUGGGCUGUACAGGGGGUUCUACUGCUGAAUGCUGUUCUGACAGUUAAACAGAGCCAAGCAAAUUCCCAUGCAAACAAAGGUUGGGAGCAAUUUACUGAUGCUGUCAUCAGGACAAUUUCACAGGAGAAGAAAGGUGUUGUUUUUCUUCUCUGGGGUAAUUAUGCACAAGCAAAAGCCAGGUUGAUCAAUGAAACAAAGCAUCACAUUCUCAAGGCAACCCAUCCAUCUGGUUUAUCUGCAAAUCGGGGCUUCUUUGGCUGCAGGCAUUUCUCUCGGACAAACCAGAUUUUGGAGAAAAUGGGAAUUUCUCCCAUUAUUUGGCAACUAUAGUGCAGAAGGCAAACUUCUGUUUCUGAACAUGAUUUUGCCUGCAGCUGGAAGUGAUCUUCUUGUGCUUAUGUGCAUAACAUAACAAGAUAAGUGAAAGAUUUAGUUAGUUAAUUGUAACUGUUAGUUCCAGUAAUUCAAAAGUGAUGAUUUUUGAGACCUUUUAACUUUGCUGAGUGGGUCACAGACGGUGUGCACUCUAGCAUGUAGCAUUUAAUUAUGUUCACCUGGUGCUGGAACUCCUUUUGUACACCUUGUAGACACAUUAUUAAAGUUGCUGAAUUUAUCAUGUUCACUUGGUGCUGGAACUCCUGUACUGCACCUUGUAGUUUCAGAGUUCAAAUCCCCACCUUGCCCCUUAAUUUUAGAGAUCCCAAAAUUUGCAAUAUGGGUUAGAGAUGGAUUUGACUUUUCUAAGGGAGGUGUUAAUAGAAUUAUGAUCUGGGGCCAGGUUCGGAAAUAGCAAAAGGGGUAAAAUUUAUUUGCUUUCAUCACCUGUUUCUUAAGUAUACUUUUGAACCCAUUGCAAUUUUGUAUAGUGUAAUAGGUCGCCUACUUCUUUGUUUUAUGUGCAAACUUUUCUGUUAAUCACCUGUGUUCUAUUGGGGUACAAUCUGAUUGAUUCUUUUAGUUUUGAUGGAGUUAAAGUUACAGAAAAGACAACGUUGUAGUGAACUUGUCCUCUUAAAGUAGGCUUGAAAUUGACAUCUAACUCCUUUGUUUGAUGGAAGUACUACAAACUUAGAAGCUUAGGUCCUUCUUGGCAAAACAUUGUUACAUUUCACAUAUGAAUCAACUGUUCUAAGUAUUGCAUAUUCAUUGGAAAAUCCAGCAAGAUAGAAUCAAACGAAACAAAAAGUUUUAAAGAUAAAAAUUCCUAAGCAAAAUGGACUUUGAACUUGAUGCUCCCUGAAAUUUCGUCAAUCUUUUGGCCCUAACAAAAAGUCAAGAUCCUAUCAGUUUGUUUUGCAGAUAAAUUUCUUGCUAUUUUCCCAUUUUUGGAUGUCCUCAAAGGUGUUACUUUCUGUCAUAAUCCUUGACAAAAAGGCAUAUGACUGUCUCGGAAGCAGAUUUCCUUGAUACCACGGCAUUCAGGAGUUGACCGCAAAUGACAUAUGCAAUGGUGUGGAAAUCAACACAUUCUAGAAUAUUGAAAAUUCGUCCAAAGCAACAUGACCUCAUAUCUUGAGAAUAUUUUUCACAAUUUCCUUGCUCAAAUUGACAACAUAUUACAUGAAUGAAAGAGAUAUUGUUUUGUACAGGAACCAAAAGCCACAUGUGGGAAACUAAAGUUCUUUUUUGUGGUAUUGGAUAUGGUUCUAGAUGAUAUCUAAGGGUCAAAUUUGUCAAGCCAGCUUAUGGUUUGAGGGAAACAAAGGGCCUGUCUUCAAACUCUCCAUUGAUGGCUGAUAGAAACGCAUUUCGGAUUUCAGACUAAUUUUCAUAGAAAUUUAAGCAUUAAAGACUUUCACCACAACCUUGGGGGUGUUCAAAUUCAUGGCUCUAUUUUGUCUUCAAAAAGCAGAUUGAGAUCAAUUCACUGAUACACACAUCUAAAAGUGGACGUAUGCUUGCUUUAAUGUAUUAGAUAUGUUUUUCAGCCUCUGACACAGUUAUUUCAACAUAUUUGUCAAACACAACGAACACGUGUUUUCAAGUUAUGGAUUAAUUAGUUUGACAUAGCGCAUUAGAAUUAGUCAUAGUCUUGACUAGUAAGACAUGCCAUGUACAGGUUAUUCAUUUACUUUCAUAUACUCAAGCCUGCAUGAUGUUCCUCUUCCGUAAUUGCUAGAACUGGUUAAUAACCAAAUGUCUUUCUUGUAAUAAUUACUCUUUUUUGAAAUUCUAAGCAAGCUCCCACAUGUAUACUUCUACAAACAUGUGUUAUUGACUUUUAAAAGUAUUUUUAUCAACCAUGAUACACCUGUGUGAUCCUCGGCCACCAAUUUACAUAAUAGUAAUUCAAGAUUUAAGCUGUCUGAUUGUUUUGACACCAAAAUGUCUCAAUCAAGACGUGUGAGAGGGAAAGACAGAGAGAGUUCAUGAAUUACAUUAGCACCAAUAGCAAAAUGGAGAAGUGGACUUUGGGAGGCAAAGUUUUUGGUAAGGAAUUUGGAGCUUUGCCUUUUCAGCUGGCCAACUUUGUGCCCACUUGUGGAGUUGUUGUACAUCUAACAAGAUCGCCAUAGAGCCUAUGAACUGCUUAACUAGAAGCAAGAAGAAGACAUCAAUGAAGAGCUUACACAAAUUCUGUUGCUUCUGCUUUCUGUUGCCUCCUUUUAUACUGUCUGAUGCUACGGAUACCAUAACUGUAAAUGAGCCACUGGCAGAUGGGAAAACAAUCAUCUCAUCAGGUGGAACUUUUGAACUGGGAUUUUUCAGCCCAGAUGUUAAUUCCAGGAGUAGAUACUUGGGAAUAUGGUACAAGAAAGUUGCCAAAUCUGCAGUGGUAUGGAUUGCUAAUAGAGACGUUGCAAUGAAUGACACAGAUGGCCUUUUGAAGAUGACUGAUCAAGCUAAACUCACACUCGUGAAAAGUAGAGAUACAGCCAUAUGGUCCACAAACGCCACGAGGUUGGUAAGGAAUCCAGUAGCCCAACUUCUUGAUUCAGGAAAUCUUGUUGUAAAAGACGCAGCUGAUGACAAUCCAGAGAAUUACCUCUGGCAGAGUUAUGACUAUCCUACAGACACUAUAUUGCCAGGGGUGAAGCUUGGACCUGACUUGGUGAAAGGCAUUGAUAGGUACCUUCAGUCUUCAAAGAGUAGUAUCGAUCCUUCAAGAGGUGAUUUUUUAUAUCGAACGGAUCCUAAUGGCUUUCCACAACAGUUCUUGAUGAACAAUUCACUUCCACAAUUUCGUUCUGGACCGUGGAAUGGUCUGCGGUUCAGUGGCUCACCAGGCCUGAAACCAAAUCCGGUAUAUACAUACGAAUUUGUAAAUACUCCAAAGGAAGUAUACUACAAAUUUGAUCUGAUUAACAGCUCUGUCUACUCAAGGCUUACUUUGAGUAGCUUUGGGGUGCUUCAAAGGUUAAAUUGGAAUUACCGGACUCAGGAUUGGACUGUUUACGUUAAUGCACCGGCUGACAAUUGUGAUACUUACGGGCUUUGUGAUGCCUAUGGCAUCUGCAACAUUGCUAAUUCUCCAGUUUGUAGCUGUUUGGAUAGAUUUGUGCCACAAUCCCCCAAUGAUUGGAACGCAACAGACUGGUCGAGUGGCUGUCAGCGAAGAACUCCUUUAGAUUGUCAAAAAGGGGAUGGAUUUCUAAAGUAUACAGGCAUUAAGUUGCCAGAUACAAGAUGGUCCUGGUAUAAUGAGAGCAUAACUCUCAAGGAAUGUGAGAAAAUUUGUUUAAAAAACUGUUCCUGCAUGGCUUAUUCAAAUACAGAUGUAAGAGGCAAAGGAAGUGGCUGCUUGCUUUGGUUUGACGAUCUCAUCGAUAUUACCAUGAUUGGCGAAAGUGGGCAAGAUAUCUACAUAAGGAUGGCCUCCUCUGAGUUAGGCCCUGGAUCCAAUAAAGCGAAAAAAAUUGGAAUCAGCUUGUGUUUGGUGGUUCUUCUACUGCUGGUCCUUGGCCUUGCUUUGAAUGUUCAAAAGAAGAGGAAGAGGAGGCAAGCUGAACAUGUGUCUGGCGAAGCUAGUACGGGAACCAGAUCAACGCAAUAUCUUGCUGAAGAAGGUGACAAGGAAGAUGUUGAGCUGCCACUGUUUGAAUUGAAAACCAUCAUCCAGGCUACUGAUAACUUCUCAAGGGAUAAUAAGCUUGGAGAGGGUGGAUUCGGUCCUGUUUACAAGGGUACACUUGUUGGGGGACAAGAAAUUGCAGUGAAGCGGCUUUCUCAAAACUCCACACAAGGACUUGAUGAGUUCAAGAAUGAGGUUAAAUGCAUUGCAAAGCUCCAGCACAGAAAUCUUGUGAAGCUUCUCGGGUGCUGCAUCCAAGAAGAGAAGAUGUUGAUUUAUGAAUUCAUGCCUAAUAAGAGCUUGGAUUUCUUCAUCUUCGAUCAUGAUCGGCGCAGAUUCCUUGAUUGGCCAAAACGCUUCCAGAUUAUCACCGGGAUUGCUCGCGGACUUCUGUAUCUUCAUCAGGACUCCAGAUUGACAAUCAUCCACAGAGAUCUUAAGGCUGACAACAUUUUGUUAGAUAUUGAUUUGAAACAAAAAAUAUCAGACUUUGGCCUGGCCAGAAUUUUCGGAGGAACUGAGACUGAAGCAAGCACAAAAAGAGUCGUUGGAACAUAUGGCUACAUAUCGCCAGAGUAUGCAGUGGAUGGAUAUUUCUCAACAAAAUUAGACGUAUUCAGCUUUGGUGUUUUGGUACUGGAGAUUGUAAGUGGGAAGAAGAACAGAGGAUUUAGCCAUCCUGAUCACCAUCAUAAUCUUCUUGGGCAUGCAUGGUUACUUUACAAAGAAGGCAGAUGUCCGGAGUUGAUUGAUAACCAUUUGAGUGUAUCCUGUCAUCUAUACGAAGUUAUAAGAUCAAUUCAUGUAGGGCUACUAUGUGUACAGCAAUCUCCAGAUGACAGGCCAAGUAUGUCAUCUGUGGUUUUUAUGUUGGCUGGUGAUGGAUCGUUACCUUUCCCUAAAGAGCCUGGCUAUUUCACUGAAAGAAAUUUAUCUUUCGAACCUGAUAAGAGUUCAUCAGGCAAGAAAGAAAAUAGUUCUGGCAAUGCUUUAAGCAUCACAUUGUUAGAUGCUCGAUAGUUGAAUGAAUCUUUUGCAGGUUUGCUCCAAGAAAAGCCUGUGGCAUUCCAUACUCCCUUUAAAAGUAAAAGAAGAAGUGAAGUGCUAGAACUUUUUUUAAAUAGGUCUCAUACUCUCUACAUAGAAGUGUUGGCUAUAAUGAGAUAUUUUGUACAUACAUACACAUGUAUAUAAUUUUUUGAUUUGGC